CAGUGUAUUAGAAAUUACAGUAAGGCUCGAGCCGAGGCUGUGCUGCGCUGGGAGGGGAGUAGGAGGCACCACCAUGGCCGUCACCUCCCCUCCUCCCCCGCCUCCUCACAGCGGCUAUGUUUGUUGUGAAACGAACUAGUAGGCUGCUGCUAAGAGAAGAUGGUGCGGUGUGCGCCGCCGUGUACAGGGCCCGGAUGUGGCCCCUGGCUGCCCGCGGCCUCCCUGCUCCUGCUCUCCCUCCUCUCCUGCGGCCAGGGCAGCGGGGACAGUUCGCCCGUCCAGGAGACUGUAAGUGUCAAUGUGACAUCCUUGCAUGAAGAUGGCCAAGUGACAGAGCAGGUCAGUUUUAACAUCAGCUAUAGUAGGGGACAAGUCCAUCUAAAUGGAUUCCCUGCAAACAGGGGAGUUUCAAGAAUAACCUGUAAAAUGGACUUAGGGGAAUAUGGAGCAUCCAGUGAGCAUCAUAACCUGACACGCAAAGCUUUGGUCAGCAUACGUCUGCUUGUUCUACACAUGUCCAAGAAUUCCAGUACUGGAGUUACAAGAAUCAUUGUUCAGCAUGAAGUGAUAGCAAUAGAUGGCAAUAAGGUUAAUCAAAAUGACACCAUUGAGUUGGUAUUCGUAGUUAAUAAAGAGAUGGGAGUACUUCGAUACUCAAGUUCAGUUAUCAGUCUUGAAGAAACCUGGCUUCACUCCAUCCCAUGGACCAAUGAUGUUUCAUUUACGUUUCCAAAUGCCCCAGAAUCUGGUGAUAGUGUUCCACAGCAAACUACCAGGGAGUAUAACAUUGGGCAGAACACAACCCUGGAGGAGGAGUCAUUUCCUGGCAAGCUCCCAGAAACCCCUCUCCGAGCAGUGAUUCCAGCUUCCUCUUAUAAGGUAAUGUGUCAGAUUGCCGAUGAUGUGAGGGAGAAGCUGUGCCACAUAUGGUUUGUUCUAUAUCCCAUCUUGGUUGACCUCCUACAGGUUGUUGUUUUUGGAGUGAUUGGAGCAGCUAUUGUACUGGAGCUGCUGAAGAUUGUGUACCCAUUGCGUGAACAAAAGGGGAUUCUGCAGUCUAAUGAUCUUGAGGAAUCUCCAAAGUUUGUUCCUUUAUUGUCAAGCAGCACCGAUACCAUGGAGAAAGGAAACAUUCUAUGAAUCUAGAUUUUGCCAUUUUGUCUGCUAGUUCAAUUCUUACAAUUGGAUUUUUUGCCUCCAGCUGUAAAUGAUGAUCAGAGACCAGUUAAGACGCCUCUCUUCCCAGGAGAGUGAGUGGCUGCUAAGCAGAGUAUCAGGACACAUGGUGGAACUUCAUACACAUCGAAACAGGAAGAUAAAAUGUUUUACUUUGACGCGUUCAUAAAAACUGUAUUAAAGUUUCCCUUCAGCAUAGUUUUCUAUCUAUACAGUUAAUAAAUGUUCCCAUAGAACUCCAUUUUAUUUUAUUUAACAUAGUAGGAAAUGUUGAAAUGAAUAAAGCAAGUUGUAUAGGAAAGUAUGUAUAAAGGUAAUGUAAUGGUUAGAUUUUUUGUUGGACUAUCAGUGACGAAGCUUGUUUUAUAGGAUUUUUGUAUGCGUGUUAAAUGCUUGUGCAUAGGAGACCUAAUGGAGGCGGAGCAUCACCCAUCAAAUGUACAUUUGCCUCUGGAUACUGCUCUAUACAUUGCAGUAUGCCCAUCAGUCCUGUUAUAUGGGCGGUAUCCUAUUAGCCACAGUAAAACUUUGCUUAUGUUUUUUGAACUUUUUUCCAAUGUUUCACUAAUGUGUUUUUUACAGGCUAUCCAAUUAGGUUUGCCCAGAAAAAAUAUCUUUCCUCCUGCAAACAUACAGGUUCAGUGAAACCUAUGUGUUUUCGGGAGCCGCAGCGAAAACAUGGCUGCGUUCGGGGAUUUGGUUUCCCCUGCCUAAGGAUACUGCCCUAUGUCCGCUUCUUUUAACAUUCAAAUUGUUUUGAAAAGGAUAAACAAAAAAAAUAAUAAAAAAUACUCCUAUUUUAGGGGAGCCAUUCUGCAUCUCCUAAUUUAUGAAUCUCAGAUCAGAAUUUCUCUAUAAAUGUCUAAUUUGAUUUUCAAGCUAAAAACAUCCCACCUACAUUCUUGAAUAAGAUAAUUUAGAAAUAGUUUGAGACUGUUAUAAUAUAAACUGUUUUCAGAAUAAUAAGAUAAUUACCGCGCUUAUGUUUAUGUUAGCAGCUCCAUAUAAUAAACAAUAAUAAAACACUAAAAAGGAGCGCUUGAUUAAUUUAAAUAAUGUGUUGAACGCACAUACCUGUAAAAAAAAAAUUUGGUUAAUAACAAUGUUUAAGCUCUUU